ACCUUGUGACUAAUAAUAUACUGCAUGCCGGUGUAAGGUUUCCGGUGUUAUGGCGACCCGGAGCAUACAUUUUUGUUUGCAGAAGAGUUUGGGUUGUGCUGUGAGGUAAGCCAAGGCGACUCUCCCAUGUGUUUCUGUGGGACUGACUAUGCUGCUGUUGGUAGCACUGGUCAUGGUCUGUACUUACACUGUGGUAGCUGCCGAGGAGGCUGAGAACACCAGCCACAAACCACCACUCCACUACAGCAGCCUCGCGCUGCCACAGCACCAUAUCCCCUACUUCCUCCACACUAACAAGAGAGUGGCCAGGCUUUGUCGAGAGGACCCGCUCUGCCCUUUUAAAGAUGCUCUGCCGGAUGUGUCGUCCUGCUGGGGGUAUGAGAAGAACUGUGCCCCAGAGAACCGCUUUGGCUAUCCUGUCUGCACCAAGAUCGACUCUGGAUGGGCGAGCUCAGUGGAGGCAGCCCAGGAGCUGUUCUGGAAACAGGCAGACUUUGGUUAUGUCAUGGAGCGCCUCAGUGAGAUGAAGACCCUCUGCAAGGCCACCAAUCCUGGAGAUUCAUCUCUGAAAUGCUCCAGCCACACUCGCUUCUGCAGGGCGACCAAUCUGUACCUGGACCUGAGGAACCCUCGCAGGGGUCAUGAGAGGUAUAAGGAGGACUUUCUCCAAGAGGGGGAGAUUGGGGGGCGUUGCAGUCUGAACAGCCGAGCGCUGGCCGCAGAAGGAGAGCACAAGAGCCCUCUGCAGUCCUGGUAUGCUGAACUGCAGGCAUACACAGAGCUGGACUUCAACCCCACAGAUGAAGAGCAUUGUGACAUCAUCAUUGAGAAACCUACUGUAUUCAUGAAGCUUGACGCAGGGGUGAACAUGUACCAUCAUUUCUGUGACUUUGUCAACCUGUACAUUUCCCAGCACAUCAACAACUCCUUCAGCAGAAACAUCAAUAUCCUCAUGUGGGAUACGAGUUUUAGUGGAUAUGGGGAUCUGUUCAGUGAGACAUGGAAGGCUUUCUCUGACUAUGACAUCAUCCAUCUGAAAACAUUUGACACUAAAAGGGUGUGCUUCAAAGAUUCCGUGUUCUCCCUGCUCCCCAGGAUGAGAUAUGGGCUGUUCUAUAACACACCUUUGAUAUCUGACUGCUACAGUGAAGGGAUGUUCAGGGCCUUCUCCCAGCAUGUUCUAUAUCGACUCAGCGUUCCACAGGUUGGACCCAUGGAGGGGAGGAUUCGGGUGACGUUGUUGGCACGCAGCACAGACUACCGUAAGAUAUUGAACCAGCAGGAGCUCACAAACGCCCUGAAGACUGUGCCUCUACUUGAGGUCAGAGUGGUGGAUUACAAAUACAAGGACGUUCCGUUCCUGGAGCAGCUCAGCAUUACCCACAACUCUGACAUCUUCAUCGGGAUUCACGGGGCAGGACUUACUCAUCUGCUCUUCCUUCCUGAUUGGGCCGUCAUCUUUGAGCUAUAUAACUGUCAGGAUGAGAGCUGCUAUCGAGAUCUGGCUCGGCUACGGGGGAUUCGAUAUGUGACUUGGCAGAAAAGGGACAAAGUGCUCCCAGAAGAUAAGGGUCACCAUCCCACCCUGGGGGAUCAUCCUAAGUUCACCAACUACUCCUUUGACGUGGAGGAGUUCAUGCGUCUGGUGCUGGAAGCAGCAGACUACGUCCUGCACCACCCCAAGUGGCAGCCCCCACCCAGCCACGAUGAACUGUAAGCCUGCACCACCCCAAGUGGCAGCCCCCACCCAGCCACGAUGAACUGUAAGCCUGCACCACCCCAAGUGGCAGCCCCCACCCAGCCACGAUGAACUGUAAGCCUGCACCACCCCAAGUGGCAGCCCCCACCCAGCCACGAUGAACUGUAAGCCUGCACCACCCCAAGUGGCAGCCCCCACCCAGCCACGAUGAACUGUAAGCCUGCACCACCCCAAGUGGCAACCCCCACCCAGCCAUGAUGAACUGUAAGCCUGCAUCACCCCAAGUGGCAGCCCCCACCCAGCCAUGAUGAACUGUAAGCCUGCAGCCCCCACCCAGCCAUGAUGAACUGUAAGCCUGCACCACCCCAAGUGGCAGCCCCCACCCAGCCAUGAUGAACUGUAAGCCUGCAGCCCCCACCCAGCCAUGAUGAACUGUAAGCCUGCAGCCCCCACCCAGCCAUGAUGAACUGUAAGCCUGCAUCACCCCAAGUGGCAGCCCCCACCCAGCCACGAUGAACUGUAAAGCCUGCAGCCCCCACCCAGCCAUGAUGAACUGUAAGCCUGCAGCCCCCACCCAGCCAUGAUGAACUGUAAGCCUGCAGCCCCCACCCAGCCACGAUGAACUGUAAAGCCUGCAGCCCCCACCCAGCCAUGAUGAACUGUAAGCCUGCAGCCCCCACCCAGCCAUGAUGAACUGUAAGCCUGCAGCCCCCACCCAGCCAUGAUGAACUGUAAGCCUGCACCACCCCAAGUGGCAGCCCCCACCCAGCCAUGAUGAACUGUAAGCCUGCAGCCCCCACCCAGCCAUGAUGAACUGUAAGCCUGCAGCCGCCACCCAGCCAUGAUGAACUGUAAGCCUGCAUCACCCCAAGUGGCAGCCCCCACCCAGCCACGAUGAACUGUAAAGCCUGCAGCCCCCACCCAGCCAUGAUGAACUGUAAGCCUGCAGCCCCCACCCAGCCAUGAUGAACUGUAAGCCUGCAGCCCCCACCCAGCCAUGAUGAACUGUAAGCCUGCAGCCCCCACCCAGCCAUGAUGAACUAUAAGCCUGCAGCCCCCACCCAGCCAUGAUGAACUGUAAGCCUGCAGCCCCCACCCAGCCAUGAUGAACUGUAAACCUGCAAUCACCCCAAGUGGCAGCCCCCACCCAGCCAUGAUGAACUAUAAGCCUGCAGCCCCCACCCAGCCAUGAUGAACUGUAAGCCUGCAGCCCCCACCCAGCCAUGAUGAACUGUAAGCCUGCAGCCCCCACCCAGCCAUGAUGAACUGUAAGCCUGCAGCCCCCACCCAGCCAUGAUGAACUGUAAGCCUGCAGCCCCCACCCAGCCAUGAUGAACUGUAAGCCUGCAGCCCCCACCCAGCCAUGAUGAACUGUAAGCCUGCAGCCCCCACCCAGCCAUGAUGAACUGUAAGCCUGCAGCCCCCACCCAGCCAUGAUGAACUAUAAGCCUGCAGCCCCCACCCAGCCAUGAUGAACUGUAAGCCUGCAGCCCCCACCCAGCCAUGAUGAACUGUAAGCCUGCAGCCCCCACCCAGCCAUGAUGAACUGUAAGCCUGCAGCCCCCACCCAGCCAUGAUGAACUGUAAGCCUGCAGCCCCCACCCAGCCAUGAUGAACUGUAAGCCUGCAGCCCCCACCCAGCCAUGAUGAACUGUAAGCCUGCAGCCCCCACCCAGCCAUGAUGAACUGUAAGCCUGCAGCACGAGGACAGUUUGGUGAAGUCAAACACACGACUAAAACACAGUCGUCUUAUAAAUCUAAAAGUAUUUUUAAUUCUAGUUCUUGUAUAUUAUGAAGGUUAAAUUUAAGUUUACAGCAUCACUUUUCAGCUAUUUAUUAUUUCUUUUUUUUCUGCAGUGAGUCUUUAACACAGCCCAAGGUGCAUCUCAGUAGCGAUAAUAAAGAGAAAUCAAAUGGCCGUGGCAAACUUAAGAGUACCUGCCACCAUUUUCCUUGUUCGAGAACAGUAUAUGUGCUAUACAUACACUCCUUACAACAAAUGACUAUUUAUAUUACAAGCUGCCACUGGUGGUUGCCGUAAUGAUCAUUUGUUUACUUUCUAAAACAAUGGGUUUAUUUUCUGCAUUUUCUGAUUAAAGUGGUGUGUUAUAGACAGACAGGGAAGGAACUUUCAACAUGUUGUAAAUGUGCCCAUUUUAUCAACCCCGCAGAAUUGUCUUUGCAACUAUUUUGUCGUCACUACAUAUAGUAAACGUCCAGGAAGGGAAAACACAAGUGAUAUAAUCAAUCUAAAGCUGGAUGUUUUAUUUAUAAGUGAAAGGGAGUCAGACCUUUUGGUCAAUGUUUUGGAAAGUCUUGUAAGUCAUGUUAUAUUUCAAAGCCAUGGAAAUGUUUUGGAAAGUCUUGUAAGUCAUGUUAUAUUUCAAAGCCAUGGAAAUGUUUUGAAAUAAACAUUUUCAAAAGUG